AUGAUGAUGUUCUCCUGGCCGAUUCCGGCUACGGCGGCCAAUCUCAUUGAGACUAGCCAACUGCGCAGGAGAUAUUAUAGUGCAAGUGCACUCUCUAUUCCUGUUACUCUCAUACUCCGGUGGGACGACUACUCGACACGACCAGUGAGAGUUAGGCGCGCUUUACGUGCUCUCCGAGGCACGGGGGUGAAACACCGCCAACUUCCCAACUCCAGGCGGUUACUGAGACUUACUAUACAGAAAGACUCAAUAACUAAACUUGGCCCGACCCGGGACUCGAACCCAGGACCUCCGAGUGUGCAGCCGUACAUGCUAGCCAGUACACCACCAAGGCAGUUAAAUAUAUACAUACUUAUUAACAUACCUCUGAAAGAUAUACAAGUAUUUCAGCCAUUGUUAGGUUCAGAC